GGAGAGUACAGUGCUGAUUCACUGUGAUGCUGCUUGGAAUGAGGAACUACAAAUAUUUAAAUAAACAUGAGAAACGGGAUCUUUCUCGUGAAAGCAUUUUAAAAUACGAGGUGAUACGAUUGAAGUGUUUAGGUGACUCGAGGUGUCAGGUUGAUAGACGAUUCUUGACUCUUGGGGUUCAAGAAUGAAAGAGCGUGGGUUCAAGACUGACUGUGGAAUAUCUGAAGCAGAGAACAGCGAAUUUGAGAAAUGUCUACACAUAGCUCCAGUGACAUCAAGCCUCCCUGCAUGCCCAGGAACGGACUAGUCAAGAUUCCAGCCCAGUCCAAUGGAUUAGGAUCAGCCAGUAUCACCAAAGGAACCCCUGCCGCUAAAAACCGACUGUGCCAGUCCUCAUCAAUUCCAACAGUACUCCCCCCAUCUCUACCUAACCACAGUGAACUGGCUUCACUAACCCAAGCAGCACACGGACCCUCCUCAUCUCUGUGUGGGCUGACUGACUCGAUUCCACUGGAACCAAACUCUAACAAGGUCUUGCAAAGUACAUGCCAGCCAUCAGGGUCCAAACGAAAACUGUCGCUGUCUUCAAUGGAAGGACAAUUGCCUAUAUUGGAUGAGAAGAUCAUCAACCGACUCUUCUGGUACUUUUCCUCAUGUGAAAGAUGUGUUUUGGCGCAGGUCUGUAAAGUAUGGAGAAAGGUCUUGUAUCAGGUCAAGUUCUGGGAAGGCAUCACACCCAUUCUCCAUGCAAAAGAGUUGUACAAUAUCCUUCUCAAUGGGGAAAAGGAGUUUGUCAACCUGCAAGGAUUCGCCAUCCGUGGCUUUGAUUCUUUCUGCCUGAUUGGAGUCUCUGAUCUGGACAUCUGUGAGUUUAUAGACAACUACCCUCUGUCCAAAAAAGGUGUGAGAUCAGUGAGCUUGAAAAGAUCGACGAUCACUGACGCAGGACUUGAGGUCAUGUUGGAGCAGAUGCAAGGGCUGGCCCACCUCGAGCUGUCAGGCUGCAACGACUUCACGGAGGCCGGCCUGUGGUCCAGCCUGAACGCGCGGAUUACCUCGCUGAGCGUCAGCGACUGCAUCAACGUCGCCGACGACGCCAUCGCCGCCAUUUCACAGCUGCUGCCCAACCUGACGGAGCUGAACUUACAGGCCUACCACGUGACGGACACGGCCAUGGCCUACUUCACCGCCAAGCAGGGCUACACCACGCACACGCUGCGCCUCAACUCUUGCUGGGAGAUCACCAACCAUGGCGUGGUGAACAUGGUACACAGCCUGCCCAACCUCACCGCCCUCAGCCUCUCCGGCUGCUCCAAGAUCACCGACGACGGCGUGGAGCUCGUGGCAGAGAACCUACGCAAGCUGCGCAGCUUGGACCUCUCGUGGUGUCCACGCAUCACUGACAUGGCGUUGGAGUAUAUUGCAUGUGAUCUGCACAAGCUCGAGGAGCUGAUAUUGGACAGAUGCGUGCGGAUUACUGACACUGGACUUGGCUAUCUCUCUACAAUGUCUUCCCUGCGCAGUCUGUACCUAAGAUGGUGUUGUCAGGUGCAAGAUUUUGGUUUACAACAUCUCUUUGGAAUGAGGAGUUUACGAUUUCUUUCAUUAGCAGGGUGUCCACUGUUGACCACGGCUGGCCUCUCAGGCUUAAUUCAACUGCAAGACUUGGAGGAGCUGGAACUCACCAACUGUCCUGGUGCUACACCUGAGCUCUUCAAAUAUUACUCACAGCACCUACCCCGUUGUAUGGUGAUUGAGUAAUUAAAUCAGGGAUUGGCUGUUUUCACAGAAGUACCACCUCCAGCCAAACCCAGCACUGAUGACUAAUCAGAGUAAAGCUUGGAGACGAAUCUGCAUCGGCUCAAAUGAUCGGAAAAGUGUUUUUCAUGGUGUCAGGAAUGAGAAAGAAAUUGUGAAUAUUAACAAACUGAAAUUCUUUUUGCUUUGGUGUGCACCAGAGUCAUCCCAUUCUCUGUCUGGAUGUGUGAAUUCCACAAUCAUUCCUGCUCAUCACACUGCUCUUUUUAACUAAACGUGGAGUGGUUGUGACCAGGCUUGUUCUGAGCAUGUGCAGCAUUUGCGGGUAGCUGCUGUCACAUGCCACUGCUGUAACUCUUGUUGUUUCAGUGCUGGAUCUCUGUAAUGUGUCUUAACGUCUGUGUAGAGUUCCGUUUGCUGAAAUGUUUCCCACUGCGGAUGUGAGGCUGUAAUUCUCUUGUUAGAAGUGAGUUGUGAUGAUCAUCCCCUGUACUGGGGAUGGAUCUCUUCAGGAGGUGCUUGCCAACUCAUUCUCUUGACUCUAUCUGACUAACAACGGAAUCCUGUCACCGCCAGCCCUCACAUCAGCAGAUAAUUCUCUUUUUAACUUGGUAUUCUCCUUUUCAGUUACUAAGGCUGGCUGGUUCACUGCUGAAAUCUGUAAGAGGAAGAAAGUGGGGGAACUGGAUUGGGAUUUAGACGAUCAAGUGCAUCGGAUGCCAUUUUUCCAUCCAGGUCAAAGGACAAAUGGGGAAAAGGUCAGCAUCAGCGAUGGCCCAUUUCAUUCCUUAAGACUUCAGAGAUGGGCUAAUCUGGACUGUUUUGAUAUCUGCAAGAGUUUGUUUUCAUAGAGACCAAAAGAAGCCCACUCUGAUUCUGUGCCUCCUGCGAGAGCAGGAUGCUUCUGGGACUUUCUUACUGUAUAUAUUUUUCUGUCUGUUUGGAUACUCUUUAAAAAAAAAGUUAUAGCUUAUAUUUGCUAAGUGUUUUCCUGUGCUGUUGCCCACUGGCUCGCCUGUGAUUUAUAUACUGCAUCGCUUUAAACGAAAAGGUACAGGAAGAGAUUGAGACAACGAAGGUGAAAAGGAAGGCCUGCACUCCAUACGCCACUUGUAAAAGCACCAAGUUCCUCUACCACCCUCCCCCUCCUUCCCUCCCCAAAACAAUGAAAUUUUACAAAAAACAUUCAAAGCAAAAGCUGAAUAUUAUUUCUAACAUUGCUUUCCGCUGGAUUGUGAUGCCUUUGUUGUGUACAGUGUGAUGCUUCCAUGCUGCAGUAUCCUUUCGGAAAGUCAGCCCACUGUCAGUACAAAUAUUCUUAAAAUAAAUAUUCCAAACAAACACCUAGGCCUGGCUAAUAUUAUUGAAAGUGUUGCCAAACAAAUACAUUCCACACUAAAUGAGCCUGUUCAUCCACUGCCAGUUUAAAUCCAAACACUUGUUUGCUAAAACCCAAAUGCUUACUAAACCAAUGCCAUUUUAAUGUUGUUCAUGGCUGCAAAGUUGCUAUUGUCUUAAUGAACAAAUCUUCAUAUCUAAGAAAAUGAUUUCCCAUUUCUGUGUUCAGCUACAGAUGUCGCAUCGCACUUUUUAUUAAAUUUAUAACUCCGACAACAAUGGAAGUAUAACAACAUUAGCGUUGGGCUUCUCAAAUUUACUCAUUGCUUGAAGAGCUUGGCAAAUACUAUCAGUCAAGAAGAACCCAUGUUGAUUGUCAUCUGUCUGAAGUGUCCUAGGCCCAACCAUCUUCAAGUGCUUCAUUUAUGACCUUCCCUUCUAUCACAAUGUCAGAGCGGAGAUAUUCACUGGUUAUUGGACAAUGUUCAGCACUAUUAGUGACUCCUCAGAUACAAAAGAAGUCCAUGUCCAAACACAGCAAGAUGUGAACAUCAUCCAGGUUCAGACUGAAAAGUGGUAAGUUACAUUUAUGCCAUACAAAUGCCAAGCAAUGACCAUUUCCAAUAAGAGAGAAUUCAUUUACAUUAUCAUCACUAAAUCCUCCACAAUCAAUAUUUUGGGGGUUACCAUUGACCAGAAACUGAAUUGGACUAGCCAUAUAAAUAGCUUCCUCAUUUCCCCUCCCCCCCCACCUUAUCUCAGUCCCAACCCCCGGAUUCAGCACCGCCCUCUUGAUCUGCAAUCUUCUUACUGACCUCUCUGCCACCAUCCCCUCUCUGGCCUAUCACCCUCACCUCCUUCCACCUAUCGUAUUCCCAGCACCCCUCCCAAAUUCCCCCCGCCUACCUUUUGUCUCAGCCCGCUUGGCACACCAGCGUCAUUCCUGAAGAAGGGCUUAUGCCCGAAAUAUCGAUUCUCCUGCUCCUCGGAUGCUGCCUGGUCUGCUGCGCUUUUUCAGCACCACACUUUUCAACUCUGGUCUCCAGCAUCUGCAGUCCUCACUUUCUCCUAGCCAUAUAAAUACUAUGGCCAGAAGAGCAGGUCAGAGGCUAGGAAUACUGUAGUGAAUAACUCAUCUCCUGACUCCAAAAGCCUGUCCAUCAUCCAAAAGGCACAUGUCUGGAGUGUGAUGGAAUACUCGCCACUUGCCUGGAUGGAUGCAACUUCAACAACACUCAAAAGAAAUUUGACAUCAUCCAGGACAAACAGGUCAGCCAAACUGACAUUAUAUCCACAAACAUCCACUCCCUCCACCACCAACAGUCAGUAGCAGUUGUAUGUACCUUUUACAAGAAAUUCAUCAAGGCUUCUUAGACGGAACCUAGCUAGUGAUGCUGAGAUCCUAGGAAUGACCAUAUUUUAAAAAUGGGGUCACUAUCACCAGCCAAUUCCCCAUCAAGCCACUCGCCAUCCUGACCUGGAAAUGUAUUGCUGUUCCUUCAGUGUCGCUGGGUCAAGGUCAUUGGCCACUCUGGUGUUUCCUUUCUUCAUGGUGGUGGAGGAAUAUAAAUAAAGAU